AUGUGGUCGCGAAUAAACCGGGCUGCCGAGGAGUUUCACACGCGUCUCCUGCAGGAAUUUGAUGAAGAAAAGAAAGGAAUCUGUAAAGACCCAUUUAUCUAUGAGGCUGAUGUUCAAGUGCAGUUGAUUGGCAAAGGUCAACUAAAUCCUUUGAAAAAUAUUCUAAAUGAAAAUGAUGUUGUAUUCAUCUUGGAAAAAGUGCCUUUGGAAAAGGAAGAAACAAAUCAUGUUGAAGAGCUACAAUCUGAAGAAACUGCUAUUUCUGAUUUCUCUACUGGUGAGAAUGUUGGACCACUUGCUUUACCAGUUGAGAGGGCAAGACAGUUAAUUGGACUUUACACCAUGGCUCACAAUCCUAAUAUGACCCAUAUAAAGAUUAAUCGGCCAGUUACUCCCCUCCCUCCCCUUUGGGUAAGAUGUGACAGUUCAGAUCCUGAAGGGACCUGUUGGCUAGGAGCCGAGCUUAUCACAACAAAUAACAGCAUUACCGGAAUUGUCUUAUAUGCGGUCACUUGUAAAGCUGAUAAAAAUUAUUCUAUAAACCUUGAAGACUUAAAAAAUUUACAUAAGAAAAGACAUCAAUUGUCUGCUGUGACAGCCAGGGGCUUUGCCCAGUAUGAGCUCCUGAAGUCCACUACCUUGGAUGAUACAGUCCCCGCAUCACAGACUGCGAUCACUUUGGAUAUUUCCUGGAGUCCUGUGGAUGAGAUUCUUCAAACCCCUCCACUCUCUUCAACUGCAACUCUGAAUAUUAAAGUGGAAUCAGGAGAUCCCAGAAGUCCUUUGAAUCAUCUUCACAGAGAACUGAAAUUUCUCCUUGUUUUGGCUAUUGGUUUGAGGACUGGUGUAACCGAAUGGCCUGCACCUCUGGAAGCAAAAUCUGCUGUUGAACUUGUGCAGGAGUUUCUAAAUGACUUAAAUAAGCUGGAUGGAUUUGGUGAUUCUACAAAAAAAGACACAGAGACAGUGAAGACCGACAGUACUGCAUUAGAUCGCUCCAUCGAUUGUCUUUUCACAGUACGGGGAGAUUUGGAUUUUGCUGAGCAGCUGUGGUGCAAAAUGAGUAGUAGUGUGAUUUCAUAUCAAGACUUGGUGAAGUGUUUCACAUUGAUCAUCCAGAGUCUACAAUGUGGUGACAUACAGCCAUGGCUCCAUAGUGGAAGUAACAGUUUGCUAAGUAAGCUCAUUCACCAGUCUUACCAUGGAGCCAUGGACACAGUUUCUCUCUGUGGGACUCUUCCAGUUCAGAUGCUUUUGGAAGUUGGUUUGGACAAACUAAAGAAAGAUUAUAUCAGUUUUUUCAUAGGUCAAGAACUUGCAUCUUUGAAUCAUUUGGAAUAUUUCGUUUCUCCAUCAGUAGAUAUACAAGAACAAGUUUGUCGUGUUCAAAAACUCCACCAUAUUCUAGAAAUAAUAGUCAGUUGCAAGCUUUUCAUUAAACCUCAACAUGAGCUUCUCUUUUCUUUAACACUAUCCUGCAUAAAAUAUUAUAAACAAAAUCCUCUUGAUGAGCAACAUAUUUUUCAGCUGCCAGUCAGACCAACUGCUGUAAAAAAUUUAUAUCAAAGUGAGAAGCCACAGAAAUGGAGAGUGGAAAUAAAUAGUGGCCAAAAAAAAGUGAAAACAGUUUGGCAACUGAGUGACAAUCUACCUGUAGACCAUCUGAAUUGUCACAAAUCUGAUUUUUCUGAAUCAAUAUUAAACAGUAGCCUGGAAGAAAGGAUAUCCUUUACUACCAUGGUUACCUGCAGCCAGGUGCAUUUCAAGUGA